CUAACAUUGUGUCCUAAAUUUCAAUCAACUUGUCCAUCAAAUUCUAACUUUGUACAUCAAAUUCGAGUUCGAGCUCGACUAGCUAGGUGUUGCCUUGAAAGGAAAACUCGAGAUUUUUGGGGCAAAAACUUUGGCAAAUUUCCCACUUUAGGUUUCUUUUAGAAAUUAUUUUUCAAAGUAGGGUUGUUUCUAAACAAUUUUCACAGGGGUGCUGUUUUUUACGUACCAGUCAUGCAUGGCGCCAGUGUUGAUGGCGCCUUCGACAGAGACGAGCCACGUGGCAUGUCGUUACUGCGACUGGCAACAAAGGACUGCAUAUCGCAGCUCCUAUUGGUGCGUCCAAAGGUGCAUGGAAGCGCUAGUUUGACCAGCGACUUCAGCACCUGCACUUGGGUUUGCAGAGCUGCAGGCAUAGGCUGCAGCACUUGCAGCUGCUCAGGUCGUAGCUGGAAGGCGCCACUCGAGCUGGCGAUUUGGGUGAGAGGGAGGCGCCAGUGGGGUUAGCGCUUUCAGCUUCAGUGGGAUUUAAAAACCCAAGUGCAGAGGGACCAGGUCGCGCUUCCUUGUAAAAUUUGUGUGUUGAAGGUGAAAAAGAAGGUGGUUGCUUGUGUUGAGAGAGGUAGCUGGUGGUGCUGUUUAGUUUGUGUUCUUCCAUUUUCUAAAAGCUUAUCAAUGGCAUCUUCGUCGUCAUGCUCAUCGAGCAUACAAACUAGGUCUGGUCCAGUUGAUGGUGACGUCUUGUGGAUACAACCCAAGCAUGUUUCAGAACAUGUUUGAAAUGGGGAACCAGAUAGAAAAUUACACAUCAGACGAGCAGUCCCGACAUAUCAAGGUGAAGAAAAAAUACUAGAGGAAAUUGUUCCUCUACUUCGGCAAUGUGGGUUUUAUUGGAUCAUGAAGAUGGGAUACCUAAAGAUAAAUGCGGCCUUAAUUAGUGCGUUCAUUGAAAGAUGGAGGCCCGAAACCCACACGUUUCACCUGAGAUGCGGAGAGGCUACCAUUACUCUCCAAGAUGUGUCAAUUUUAUUAGGUCUGCGUACUGACGGGGCACCAUUAAUUGGUUCGACAAAUCUUGAUUGGGCCGAUUUGUGUGAAGAAUUAUUAGGAGUCAGACCACAGGAAGGCGAAAUUGAAGGCAGUGUGGUCAAAUUAAGUUGGCUGGCUCACUAUUUUUCUCACAUAAAUAUUGAUGAGGGUAACGUUGAACAAUUACAAAGGUUUACCCGUGCGUGGAUUCUUCGAUUCAUAGGAGGUGUCAUCUUUGUUAACAAAAGUAGUAGCAGAGUUUCCUUAAGGUACCUACAAUUUUUACGUGACUUUGAAUAGUGCAGCACGUAUGCGUGGGGACCUGCCGUGCUUGCGUAUUUAUAUAGAGAGAUGUGUAGCACCACCGAUUACAAAGUUAAAUCAAUCGGAAGUAUGUGCAUCUUAAUCCAAAUGUGGACAUGGGAACGAUGCACGACUUUGGCUCCAAAGAGGACACCUCCCAUCAUAGAAAAUAAACCACUUGGACACAGGUGGCUGCGACGUGGAAAUCAGCAUAUCGGCAAUGAUGAUCUUAGAGUUUUCCAUCGCAAAUUGGAUCUGAUGAAACGACAUGAGUUUGUCUGGGAGCCAUACACACCAACUGUGAUGGCAGCAUUGCCUCCAAUUUGUGUGGUUGGAAGUGUAGCCUGGUUCGCGGUGGUGCCACUGAUUUGUUUCCAUGUUGUUGAGUGGCACCAACCCGAUAGAGUUUUACGACAAUAUGGAUUGCAACAACCUAUUUCCGGGUGUCCUUCGCAACCGCAGAAUCUCCAUGGCAUAACGCUCAAAGGCAAACAAGAUGAGAAUUGGUUCCACCUGUUGGCCCCAAUCAUUAGUCAGUGGAACGAUGCUGCUCAGUUUAGGGUCGACGUUUAUCCUCGACAGGAGGGCCUACUGGGUUUUAACUCGGACUACAUGGUGUGGUAUAGGCAUAAAACAAAGAUGUUUGUCGACCCAAACAAUGCAAACACAGCUGCAUUGGAAUUUAUCUGUUUUUCAAUGUUUAACUUCUAAUUAUUUUCUUAAGCGUAAGCAUUAAUUUGUUGACGCUAAUAAUUGCAGGGUGAAGUUGUGGAGACUUUACAGUAUAUGGUGUCACCACAAGGGAGGAACACAUGGACAGUUGAUGAUCUCGUGCCUUACGUGGAUAAGUUGGCGAUUAUAUCAGAAGAGCAAGAGAGAGUCACUGAGCUAGUGUCACAUGGUCCAGCAUCAGAGUGUGAAUUCCCAACACAAGAGUUUCACAUUCUUCAGUCAAGUGUUGAAACUCGGGGCUUAGGCAGACGAAAGGAGCCUGUUGAAGCGGAGCAAUAUUCCCAACAAAUGAUGGAGCGUGGUCAUGGAAUGUAUUACACGCCAGAAACAUUUUCCGAAUAUCCUUCACAGAUUUAUCAGUAUCCUUUUGAAGGUCAUCACACUGAUACUUCUGCGAGCGAACAUUCGUUCGGUGGUGUUGCGGAAACACAAGCUCAUUUUUCAUGGCCCACUAUGACUCCUUCGCAGCAGCACGAUGCCCCCAUGGCAACACCUAACGCCCCAUUUGCUUUGCAAUGGAAUGUACCCGGAGCAAUACCUGAUAUGGGCGACUUAUUAGGUGUUGAUUUGCGUCAAGAGUUUUCUGCUGAGGCUGAGCAAGCAGAAGCGGGGAGACAACGAGGCAGAAGAAAUCCUGAUCGUCAAGCGCGAAGAUGGGAUCGACCAUGUGACACAUCCUCACGACAUCGCGGACACCAUAAUGACUGAUUUUUAUGUCUCUGUGUAAAUUUCUUGUUGUUUGUAAAACAUUUUAUUUUGACAAUUAAUCUAUCGCAUGUCAUUUAUUAUGCCUUA